AUGGGUCCCGAAGGUGAUCGUCGGGCGUCAGCCACAGCACGGCAGACCAACGACGACGACGCCAUCACGCCAGUUCCGGAGUUGCAAACACAGGCUCCUUCAGAGAGAACGAUUUCUCCCGCGAACCGAGAGCUGUCACCCGAAGUCGCCUCCGUUCGCCAAGAGGAGCGUUCCCCGAGCAGAUGGCGAGGAUACUUUGCCAAGAGCGGGAAGCUCAGACCGUUCAGACUGCUGAAGGAGGACUCUCUCAACUUCAGACUGCGAUACAUAUCAGACUGGACUGUGUUCAACCAACUCGUGCUGGCCAGUGCGAUCUACGUCUUCUUUACUAACAUUUUGCCCGGCAUCACCUUUGCCAGCGACUUGUACGUUCUGACUGGAGAGUCGUGGGGGACGAUCGAGGUUGUGUUUAGCACAGGGCUCUGUGGGAUCAUCUUUGCUCUAUUCUCGGCCCAGCCGUUGACUAUCCUCGGUGUCACUGGUCCAUUUUCGGUUCUGGCAGAGAAUAUCUACUCGCUAUGCGAGAACUCUUUCAAGAUCCCCUUUCUGCCCUUCAUGGCCUGGUCCCUCAUCCACUCCGGCUGGAUGCACUACCUCCUCGCCAUCUUCAACGCCCACGACUACACCAUGCAGUACGUCACCGACUUUAGCGCCGAUAUCUUCUCCCUCCUAAACAGCGUAAUUUACUUCCAUAAGGCCGUCCGCGAGCUCGAGCGCACCAAAGCCGCGGUCUCGCUCGCGGCCUUUCUCUACUCCAUCAUCGGCGCAGUGGGCACCUGUCUCCUCGCCAUCUUCCUCUCGACGGCGCCGUCGUGGAAGCCGCUGUUCCACAGGUACGUCCGCAUGGGCCUCGCGGAGUACGCCGCCGCCAUCUCCAUCGUCUUCUUCAUCGGCAUGCCCUACGUCGGCGACCUGGCGCACCUCGACCACAACAGGCUGGAGGUCUCCAAGACGUUCAGGCCGUCGUCGCCGAGCCGGGACGUCUUCUUUGUCGAGUUCUGGAAGCUCCCCAUCGGCUGGAUCUUCAUCGCCAUCAUCCCGGGCAUCAUCAUCACGGUGCUGUUCUACUUUGACCACGAGAUCAGCAGCAUCAUCUGCACGGCGAAGAGGUACGGCAUCCAGAAGCCUGGGGGCUACGCGUGGGAUAUCAUGCUUCUGGGCACGACGACGAUUAUGUGCGGUAUUCUCGGGAUCCCGCCAGCGAACGGACUCCUUCCUCAAGCACCGCUACACUCUGAAUCUCUCAUGCACACCGUCGUCGAAGAUCCUCCCGCCCCGAACUCUGAGCCCGGCGAAGACCCCCCAUUGAAACCCUUGAUACGGGUCUACGAACAGAGAUAUUCGCCCCUCAUCCAAGCGGCUGGCAUCUUACUCUUCGUCUCACCGCCCUUUCAACACGUCCUGGGCUUCACGCCUACCUCUGUCCUCGCAGGACUGUUUAUGUUCAUGGGCUACCAGUCGCUAUCCGUCAACCCGAUCCUCAACAGAAUCUGGCACCUCCUCACGCCCAUAUCGGAACUUCCUGCUUUGCCCCAGGGCGCGUCCUGGCUGGGCAUUCACAUGUAUACCAUCUCGCAGAUCAUCCUCACCGGCAUCGUUUUUGGAGUCACAUUGACCGUCGCAGCCCCAGGGUUCCCCAUCAUCAUCAUCAUCUUGGUCCCUGUCAGGCUGUUCCUGAUGAACAAAGUAUGGAAUCGGGAGACAUUGAGAUACGUCGACGGGUGGGCGACAAGAGAAGGAAAGCCGGAGGACAACGAGAACGACCGCAGGCGGGAGGCCGUCAUCGCCUCGCGCGAGUCAGCUAGACGAGUGUCCGACGAGGAGAAGGGUAUCAACCUGGCCUUCGCCAAACUCCUUCUCGAGCGCGGCUGCUCCGUCCUCAUAGGCGACCUCGCCCUCCGCCCCGAGGCAUCCUCCCUCGUCUCCCAGUACUCCCCCCAGUCCUCAUCAGACAGCAGCCGUCCGGCAGCCCACUUCCAGCAGACCAACGUCGCCUCCUGGCCGCAGCUCUCCCGCCUAUGGGACACGGCGCUCGCCACCUUCCCAUGCGUCGACAUCGUCGUGCCCGGGGCGGGCAUCUUCGAGCCGGCGUGGAGCUCCUUCUGGCACGCGCCCAAGACGGCAUCGAACCCGGACACUAAGUCGCGCGACGCCGCUGCGGCGGAGCCGGGCACGUACGCGGUCAUCGAUGUCAACCUGACGCACCCGAUCCGGCUGAGCCAGCUCGCCAUCGGGCACUGGACGCAGACGCACCGGCCGGGGUGUCUGGUGCACACCCCAAUGUGGCGGGAGGACCCCGACAAGAAGCAUAUGGCCGAGGAGAAGGAAGACGCGAAGCUGUUCACGGAGCCCGAGGAGAUUGCUCGGGGCAUGCUUGAGCUUUGCGAGAACCCUGAGUACGGGAAUGGAACCAUCCUGGAGGUUGUCAAGGGAAGGAAGCGGGUUGUGCCGUUUUACCACGCCGAACCGCCACAGGGUGACGGAGUCUUCAUACCAAAGUACAAGGAGGGCGCGGAGAAGCUCUGGGACGGGUUGGAAAGCGGCGGGUUGAAGGUCUGA